AUGGCAGCGAUUGGAAAUGCGGCCCGGCAGGUUCGGGACCGGGUCCUUAGCGAACGAUCGAUACGCGUGCUCGUGACGCCAACGCCAAUCACCUUUGCCGAGCGCCGCUCCGUGCUGCAGGUGCUGGAGCAGUAUGGCCCUGUCGACUUCUUCAGGAUGACUCCCGGCUAUCAUUCCAACUUCGUAUCGAUCACGAAAGAGUCCACGACGGCCGAGCGAUUGGUUGCCAGCAGCCCUCUCACAUACAAGAUCACGGAGCCCGUUCGCAGCCCCGUGGAAGACAUUUACGUCGCCGAUCUGGACGAGCCCGAGAGCUUCAACACGGCCCAGCCGACGAUCACGGGGGAACAGCAGCGCAGUGCCAACGGAUCGAACCAGGGACCAGCAGAGGGUUUGAAGCAAGGGCAGCGGGAGUUUAUGCUGGAAAUCUUCCCUCUGCCCGAAUACAACCACAGAUUUGCCAUGGCCGGAUCACUGCUGCACGGCUCCUGGCCUGAGGGUUACGAGCGAGAUCAGUCCUUCAUUGCAAAGACACUAGAGCAAUCGCUGCCCAACAGCAUCGCUAGCAAGGGGCUUGUGCACUGGAUGGUACGGCCAAGCCCUCGGAUGGUGGCUGCUGACCUCCGGCCAAAGAAUCCUCGCAAGGAAAAGAGGCUGCAAAUCAAGGAAUGGCUGCCCAGCCAGAUCAAGAAGGACACGACUGAGGCUGCUGCGGCGGCGGAGGAGGAGCAUUACGCCGGCCCUCGUCGCACCGCCCGGCCACGCUGA